CCCGGCCAGCCCCUCCCGCGCCGCUCCCGCCGCCCGCUCUCCGCGCCCGCUCGGCCUCCGCCGCCCAAACUUUUCUCCGGGCGCGCGUCCCCGGCGGCCGCCCCCGGCAUGGGCGCCGCGCUGCAGGGGGCCUGACCCACCGCCCGCUCCGCCCCCGCCUGCUAUGGCGGCCCGCGCGCCCCCCGCCGCACCUGCGGCCGAGGAGCCGGGGAACCCGGGCGGCCCCCCGCGCAGGAAGAAGUCCCGCUCCGGCGCGUCCGGCCUCCGCCGCGCCUUCAGCUGGCUGCGGGGCAAGCGGCGCAAGAAGAAGGCGGCGGGGGCCGAGGGCGCCGAACCGGCCGCCCCCCGGGCCAAGAAGGCGGAGGACAAGACCAAGAGGGCCAAGGGCAAAGGCCGAGGCUCUGCCAAGGCUGAGAAUGACAAACGUCUAAGUGUAGGGCCCGGCCAGGGGCCAGGGUCUGCAGUGGAUGAGCACCAGGACAACGUCUUCUUUCCCAGUGGGCGACCCCCCCACCUGGAAGAGCUGCACACUCAGGCCCAGGAGGGGCUCCGCUCCCUACAACACCAAGAGAAACAGAAACUGAACAAGGGUGGCUGGGACCAUGGAGACACCCAGAGUAUCCAGUCCUCCCGGACGGGGCCGGAUGAAGACAACAUCUCCUUCUGCAGCCAGACCACAUCCUACGUGGCUGAGAGCUCCACAGCAGAGGACGCGCUCUCCAUCCGCUCGGAGAUGAUCCAGCGCAAAGGUUCCACCUUCCGACCCCAUGACUCAUUUCCCAAAUCUGGAAAGUCAGGGCGGCGUCGGCGGGAGCGGCGGAGCACUGUGCUGGGACUCCCGCAGCAUGUGCAGAAGGAGCUUGGCCUGCGGAAUGAGCGUGAGGCACCAGGCACACCCCGGGCUCCUGGUGCACGGGAUGCUGUACGCAUCCCCACAGUGGACGGCCGCCCCCGAGGCACCUCAGGGAUGGGGGCCCGGGUGUCCCUGCAGGCGCUGGAGGCGGAGGCGGAGGCUGGCGCUGAGACAGAGGCCAUGCUGCAGCGCCACAUUGACCGCAUCUACCGGGAUGACACCUUUGUUGGCCGGUCCACGGGCGCCCGGCCCACACCAUUGACCCGGCCCAUGUCCCUAGCAGUGCCUGGAUUGACAGGAGGGGCAGGGCCUGCAGAGCCCCUGAGCCCGGCCAUGUCCAUCUCCCCACAGGCCACCUACCUGUCGAAGUUGAUUCCACAUGCUGUGCUGCCACCCACAGUGGACGUGGUGGCCCUGGGCCGCUGCAGCCUGCGCACACUAAGCCGCUGCAGCCUGCACUCGGCCAGCCCAGCCUCCGUCCGCUCGCUGGGGCGCUUCUCCUCCGUCUCCAGCCCACAGCCCCGCAGCCGCCACCCAUCCUCCUCCAGUGACACCUGGAGCCACUCUCAAUCCUCCGACACCAUUGUGUCUGACGGUUCCACCCUAUCCUCUAAGGGUGGCUCUGAGGGCCAGCCGGAGAGCUCUACGGCUAGCAAUAGCGUGGCACCCCCUCCCCAGGGAGGCAGUGGGAGGGGCUCCCCCAGUGGGGGCAGCACUGCUGAGGCCUCAGACACACUCAGCAUUCGGAGCAGUGGGCAGUUGUCUGGCCGGAGUGUGUCCCUACGUAAGCUGAAGCGGCCUCCACCCCCUCCCCGCCGGACCCACUCCCUCCAUCAGCGGGGCUUAGCAGUGCCUGAUGGGCGUUUAGGGUUGCCCCCUAAGCCUGAGCGUAAGCAGCAGCCCCAGCUGCCUCGGCCACCCACCACUGGUGGCUCAGAAGGGGUGGGGGCAGCACCCUGUCCACCCAACCCAGCCAACAGCUGGGUACCUGGCUUGUCUCCGGGUGGUUCCCGGCGCCCCCCACGCUCCCCAGAACGGACACUUUCGCCCUCCAGUGGAUACUCGAGCCAAAGUGGUACUCCCACCCUCCCUCCCAAGGGCCUGGCAGGUCCCCCUGCUUCCCCAGGCAAGGCCCAGCCCCCUAAACCAGAGCGUGUCACGUCCCUUCGCUCCCCUGGGGCCUCCGUCUCCUCUUCCCUCACGUCUUUAUGUUCCUCCUCCUCUGACCCAGCCCCCUCAGACCGCUCUGGGCCACAGAUGUUGAUCCCUCUGGGUGACAGGUUUGUCAUACCUCCUCACCCCAAGGUGCCUGCCCCCUUCUCCCCACCUCCCUCCAAGCCCAGGAGCCCUAACCCAGCUGCCCCUGCUCUAGCCACCCCUGCUGUGGUUCCUGGGCCUGUUUCUACCACUGAUGCCAAUCCUCAGUCCCCUCCCACUCCCCAGACAACCUUGACUCCACUGCAGGAGUCUCCUGUCAUCUCCAAAGACCAGUCACCCCCACCAUCCCCACCCCCAUCUUAUCAUCCACCCCCACCACCCACUAAGAAGCCAGAGGUGGUUGUGGAGGCACCAUCUGCCCCAGAUACUGCUGAGGAGCCCCUCCAAGAUCCCAACUGGCCCCCGCCCCCACCCCCUGCCCCUGAGGAGCAGGACCUGUCCAUGGCUGACUUCCCCCCACCAGAGGAGGCCUUUUUCUCUGUGGCCAGCCCUGAGCCUGCAGGCCCUUUAGGCUCCCCAGAGCUUGUCAGCUCCCCAGCUGCUUUGUCCUCCUCAGCUACUGCUUUGCAGAUUCAGCCCCUGGGUAGCCCAGACCCUCCUCCAGCUCCGCCAGCCCUAGCUCCUGCUAGUUCCGCCCCAGGGCAUGUGGCCAAGCUCCCUCAGAAGGAACCGGUGGCCUGUAGCAAGGGCAGCGGGCCUCCCAGGGAGGACAUAGGUGUGCCGCUGGUCACGCCCUCGCUCCUGCAGAUGGUGCGGCUACGCUCCGUGGGUGCUCCAGGAGGGGCUCCCACCCCAGCACUGGGGCCAUCGGCCCCCCAGAAACCACUACGAAGGGCCCUGUCAGGGCGGGCCAGCCCAGUGCCUGCCCCCUCCUCAGGGCUCCAUGCUGCCGUCCGACUCAAGGCCUGCAGCCUGGCUGCCAGCGAAGGCCUCUCAAGUGCCCAGCCCAAUAGACCGCCUGAGGCAGAGCCACGGCCUCCCCAGUCCCCUGCCUCAACGGCCAGCUUCAUUUUCUGCAAGGGCACUAGGAAGCUGCAGCUGGAGCGGCCCGUGUCCCCUGAGACCCAGGCUGACCUCCAGCGGAAUCUGGUGGCAGAACUCCGGAGCAUCUCAGAGCAGCGGCCACCCCAAGCCCCAAAGAAGUCACCUAAGGCUCCCCCGCCUGUGGCCCGCAAGCCAUCUGUGGGAGUCCCCCCACCCGCCUCCCCCAGUUACCCUCGAGCUGAGCCCCUUACUGCUCCUCCCACCAAUGGGCUCCCUCACACCCCGGACAGGACUAAGAGGGAGCUGGCGGAGAAUGGAGGUGUCCUGCAGCUGGUGGGCCCAGAGGAGAAGAUGGGCCUCCCAGGCUCAGACUCACAGAAAGAGCUGGCCUGACCACCAGGCACCUCACUGGCACUGCUGACCCAUCCCAGAAACACAAUCUCAGGGACCCGAGCAGCUCCAAGGACGAGAGGAUACAGCAGACACAACCUAAUAGAGAGGGCGCCUGCAGCCUUAACCUCCACGGCCUUCGAUACUUAUGCAAGCCUGGUGUUGCUCCUGUCCUCCGAAUCAUCCCGCGCUCAUGCCUUUUCCCGAAUGGGUUCACCUCCGGCAGUUGCCGCUUCAGUCUUGGCCUUAGCCUCAUCUUGAAGGAGGUAGCUGGCAGGAGAGGGUGGCUGCGCCCCCUGCUGGCCCUGAGGCCGCAGAGUUGGGAGCAGGACACCUCACCUGAGUUUAAUUUUUUUUUCAUGUCCAAACCAUGCACAUACUAUAGUCCAGAAUCAAAGCACUUUUGAAAAGUGGCUGCAUGGCCAUCCUCCAGGGCCCAGGAAGUUGCAUUCCAAGGGCCUGUUUACAUGGCAGCAGAAUCCAUCCCUGGCAGUCAGCCCAUAGCUUGGGACCAGUCUGUGCCCUCCUGCCCAAUCCAGUUUACUCCUCUUGGUUCCUGAAGGUGGCCAAGUCAUUGUGUUCCCACAGGCUUCUUUAGGCUGGGGGCAGGGGUGGGGCUGUGGAAUUCCAAAGCACAAAAGGUGCAGAGGGGAUUGGCCUUCCUGUGCCUCAACUCACCAACCACCCUCCUGCCUUCCAGUUCUGCCAGGUGCUCCAUGCUGGGGACAAGUAGGAGACUGCCAGGGCCCAAAGAAAUGGGUGAGCAGUAGAGUCAUCUCGGGGCACUUGGCAUUGUCAAGCACCUGCCCCUUGCCUCCUUGACCACACUGGGGUGGGUGGGCCCCCAGCACUUCAGAGGCAGGAGCCUUUGGGCUGAGCAAGCACUGAGGAGGUGGAUGGAUGGGAGCAUCUGGAGGGGGAGAGCUUCCUUGAGCAGUGGGCCCAGGCCUGGCCCUCCACACUUCAUUCUCUGACCUUUCUCUCUACUCGUUUCGGUGCAUGUCCUUUCUGCAGCUGCCUUUCAGCACAGGUGGUUCCACUGGGGGCGGCUAACACUGAGUGACAAGGAUGGGAAGCCACAGGUGCAUUUUACUCAAGUCUUCCCUAGUCAGUGAGGGGCACCCAGUGCUCCUAGGGCAGGCUGGGUGGUGGUCCCCUAGGUAUCAGCCUCUCUCACUGCACUCUCCGGGAAUGUUAACCUAUUUUCAGCCUGUGCCACCUGUCUAGGCAAGCUGGCUUCCCCAUUGGCUCCUGUGGGUCCACAGCAGCGUGGCUGCCCCCCAGGGCCACCCCUUCUUUCUUGAUCCUCUUUCCUUAACAGUGACUUGGGCUUGAGUCUGGCAAGGAACCUUGCUUUUAGCUUCGCCACCAAGGAGAGAGGUUGACAUGACCUCCCCGCCCCCUCACCAAGGCUGGGAACAGAGGGGAUGUGGUGAGAGCCAGGUUCCUCUGGCCCUCUCCAGGGUGUUUUCCACUAGUCACUACCGUCUUCUCCUCGUAGCUAAUCAAUCAAUAUUCUUCCCUUGCCUGUGGGCAGUGGAGAGUGCUGCUGGGUGUACGCUGCACCUGCCCACUGAGUUGGGGAAAGAGGAUAAUAGGUGAGCACUGUUCUGCUCAGAGCUCCUGAUCUACCCUACCCCCUAGGAUCCAGGACUGGGUCAAAGCUGCAUGAAACCAGGCCCUGGCAGCAACCUGGGAAUGGCUGGAGGUGGGAGAGAACCUGACUUCUCUUUCCCUCUCCCUCCUCCAACGUUACUGGAACUCUUUAUCCUGUUAGGAUCUUCUGAGCUUGUUUCCCUGCUGGGUGGGACAGAGGACAAAGGAGAAGAGGGUCUAGAAGAGGCAACCCUUCUUUGUCCUCUGGGGUAAAUGAGCUUGACCUAGAGUAAAUGGAGAGACCAAAAGCCUCUUGAUUUUUAAUUUCCAUAAAAUGUUAGAAGUAUAUAUAUACAUAUAUAUAUUUCUUUAAAUUUUUGAGUCUUUGCUAUGUCUAAACAAAAAAUCCCUCUGCCCUGAAGCCUGAGUGAGACACAUGAAGAAAACUGUGUUUCAUUUAAAGGUGUUAAUUAAAUGAUUGAAACUUG